AUCUCAGUAGGGUACGUAAAAAAUCGAUUUUUAACUAGUGAGUGAAGUGAUACUUAAGACUGAUAAGGAUAUGAAUUCGAUAGAUGGAUUAUUAAAGGGGAACGCGUGAAAUGUCAGGAGAUAAUUAGAGAGACAGCGAUGCUGUCGUAUAUGGUGCCGGUGGAGCAGAAGCCGCCAGUGGCGCCGGCGGGCAAGUCGCGGCUGGCGCUGGAGCUGGCGGCGGCGCCCGGCAGCCCCGAGGCGGCGGCGCGGCGCGCGCUCAAGACCGCCAUCUCCAAGGACUCGUCCACCAGCUCGUUCGCCAGCGACCUCACCUUGUCCUCCUCCACGCCCACGGGUGCGCACGACAAGCCCAAACACAAGCUGCUCUCCAACGGCACCAAACACACCUCUUUGAAGCGGGUGUCGUUCGGGAGCUCUAAGGGGUCUAUGGUGGAGACUCUGAUCUACGAGAGCCCCCUUCAAGAGGAGCCCGAGAGCAGUCCCCCGCCAAAGUUGCAGGAGACUGCUUUUCCUUACACCCCCGUGGAGGACGAUUCGGAGCGCGCCAAGGUCCGCGUUUCGUUCUACCAGGGCGCGCGCCCGCAGUGCCUGUCCCCGCCGCCGCCCGCCUCGCACGAGCUGUACGCGGCCCUGCUCGCGGCGCACACCGACAUGGCGGACCACGCCGCCUACAACCGACAGAUCAGCACGGAGAGCGGUUGGGACAACCCGUUCCGGCCGGACGGCGACUUGAGCCGCGAGGCGGACGAGAUCGUGUCGCUGAUCAAGGGCGGGAAGCCCAUCACGCCCACGCCCACUGCGCAGCCGCAGCUCGCGCCGUGCGAGGAGGAGGACAAGCAGCAGCACGCUAACAACCUCAGCGCAAAUGCGCCCUCUUCGCCCCAGACGAAAGUAUCCAGCCCGGUGUUGGCGAGCACUCCGAAGGCGAUGAACGGCACUAAGAACGGCGCGGCGGGCGAGCCGCGCGCGGGCGCCGUGGAGGUGAGCCGCGCGCCGCCGCCCGAGCCGCAGCAGCCCGAGCACGUCACCAUCAAGAAGAAGCCCAAGUGCAAGUGCUGCGUGCUGCAGUAACCGCCUCCCCCCCGCGCCGCCCGCGCACCGCCCGCACCGUACCUUCGCUUCUCUAUUCGUCGCAUCACCCAUCUCGACCUCGGUGUUUACACGGUGCUAUUUCAUUUUUACCCAUGUUCACAAUUUUAACGUUUCGCGUUUCUAUAAUUACAUUUACCGAAAUUAAUAGGUUAUCAAUACGGUUUUUCCGACUAUCAAUAUAUUAUUUGUGAUAUUUUACUGUUAUUACAAGUUUACAAAUAUUUGUCUGCUACUUAUGUAGUGUUAGUUAGGGUUCCGUACCAAAUACCUAUAAAUAAUAUUUGGUACUACUAAGUCUAAUCUA